AUGCCGAAACCGAUUAAUGUCCGUGUGACCACCAUGGAUGCUGAGCUGGAGUUUGCUAUUCAGCCAAACACCACUGGAAAGCAGCUUUUUGAUCAGGUGGUGAAAACGGUGGGGCUACGGGAGGUUUGGUUCUUUGGCCUCCAAUAUGUGGACAGUAAGGGCUACAUCACUUGGCUCAAACUUAAUAAAAAGGUGACCCAACAAGAUGUAAAGAAAGAGAACCCACUGCAGUUCAAGUUCCGAGCAAAGUUCUUCCCUGAAGAUGUUUCAGAAGAGCUCAUCCAGGACAUUACUCAGAAACUCUUCUUCCUACAGGUAAAAGAGGCCAUUUUGAACGAUGAGAACUAUUGUCCACCGGAAACAGCUGUGUUGCUCGCGUCAUACGCCGUCCAGUCUAAAUAUGGAGACUACAUCAUGGACGUCCACAAGUCUGGAUACCUCACACAUGACCGACUGCUACCUCAGAGAGUGCUGGAGCAGCACAAGCUGACCAAGGAGCAGUGGGAAGACAGAAUCCAGACUUGGCAUGAAGAACACAGAGGAAUGCUCAGAGAGGACUCCAUGAUGGAGUAUUUAAAAAUAGCCCAGGACUUGGAGAUGUACGGCGUCAACUACUUUGAGAUAAAAAACAAGAAGGGUACAGAGCUGUGGCUGGGUGUGGACGCACUCGGACUUAACAUCUACGAGCAUGAAGACAAGUUGACACCAAAGAUUGGCUUCCCCUGGAGCGAGAUUCGAAACAUCUCCUUUAGCGACAAGAAGUUUGUCAUCAAACCCAUUGACAAGAAAGCCCCUGACUUUGUGUUUUACGCUCCACGACUGCGCAUCAACAAGCGCAUAUUGGCGCUGUGUAUGGGCAACCACGAGCUGUAUAUGAGGAGAAGGAAACCUGACACCAUCGAGGUGCAGCAGAUGAAGGCUCAUGCUCGUGAAGAGAAACAUCACAAGCAGAUGGAGAGGGCACAGCUGGAGAGCGAGAAGAAGAAACGAGAGGCUGCAGAGAAAGAUAAGGAAAGGAUUGAGCGCGAAAAGGACGAGCUCAUGGAGAGGCUGAGACAAAUUGAAGAGCAGACCACCAGAGCCCAAAAAGAGCUUGAAGAGCAGACUCGCCGGGCCAUGGAGCUUGAGCAAGAGAGGAGGAAGGCGCGGGAGGAGGCGCUGAGGUUGGACAAGGAGAGACAGGCGGCCGAGGAGGCCAAAAACGACCUGGCCCAACAGGCGGCAGACCAACAGAAGAACCAGGAGCAAUUGGCCGCGGAGCUAGCUGAAUUCACAGCCAGGAUCGCUCUGCUGGAAGAAGCCAAGAAGAAGAAGGAAGACGAGGCCACGGAAUGGCAACACAAGGCUCUGUCAGCCCAGGAGGACCUGGAGAAGACCAAAGAAGAGCUGAAAACGGCCAUCAACGUGCCGCUGCACCCGCGUGAACACGACUACCAUGACGAGAACCACGCAGAGGCCAGCGCCGAGCUGUCCAACGAGGGCGUCAGCCACCUAGAUCUACGCAGCGAGGAGGCUCGCAUUACCGAAGCCCAGAAGAACGAGCGUGUCAAGAAACAGCUGCAGACUUUAAGUUCUGAGUUGGCCGAAGCCAGAGACGAAACUAAGAAGACUCCAAAUGACGUCCUGCACGCUGAGAACGUAAAGGCGGGCCGGGACAAGUACAAAACCCUGCGUCAGAUCCGGCAAGGCAAUACCAAGCAGCGCAUCGAUGAGUUCGAGUCCAUGUGA